AUGCAAAGAGAUUUUAUGUGGAUGUUGGUCUAUGAAAUAGGCAUUGCGGCUGAUAAUAGUAGAACUCUGAAUGUGGAUUCCACUGCAAUGACGCUACCUAUGUCUGAUCCAACUGCAUGGGCCACGGCAAUGAAUAAUCUUGGAAUGGCACCACUGGGAGUUGCUGGACAACCAAUUUUACCUGACUUUGAUCCUGCUCUUGGAAUGAUGACCGGAAUUCCACCAAUAACGCCGAUGAUGCCUGGCUUGGGAAUAGUACCUCCUCCAAUUCCACCAGAUAUGCCCGUCGUAAAGGAGAUCAUACACUGUAAAAGCUGCACGCUUUUCCCUCCAAAUCCAAAUCUUCCACCUCCUGCAACCCGAGAACGACCACCAGGAUGCAAAACAGUGUUUGUGGGUGGCCUGCCUGAAAAUGGGACAGAGCAGAUCAUCGUGGAAGUGUUUGAACAGUGUGGAGAGAUCAUUGCUAUUCGGAAGAGCAAAAAGAACUUUUGUCACAUUCGCUUUGCCGAGGAGUACAUGGUGGACAAAGCUCUUUAUCUUUCCGGUUACCGCAUUCGCCUGGGCUCUAGCACUGACAAGAAGGACACAGGCCGCCUUCACGUUGACUUUGCACAGGCUCGAGAUGACCUGUAUGAGUGGGAAUGCAAACAACGUAUGCUGGCAAGGGAGGAGCGCCACCGAAGAAGGAUGGAAGAAGAAAGAUUGCGCCCACCAUCCCCACCCCCAGUGGUUCACUAUUCAGAUCACGAAUGCAGCAUUGUUGCUGAAAAACUAAAAGAUGAUUCCAAAUUCUCAGAAGCCGUGCAGACCUUGCUCACUUGGAUUGAGCGAGGCGAGGUGAACCGUCGCAGUGCCAACAACUUCUACUCCAUGAUCCAGUCUGCUAACAGCCAUAUCCGUCGCCUGGUGAAUGAGAAAGCCGCCCACGAGAAAGACAUGGAAGAAGCAAAGGAGAAGUUCAAGCAGGCCCUGUCUGCAAUUCUCAUUCAGUUUGAGCAGAUAGUUGCUGUGUACCAUUCUGCCUCCAAACAAAAGGCAUGGGACCACUUCACAAAAGCCCAGCGUAAAAACAUCAGCGUUUGGUGCAAACAAGCUGAGGAAAUUCGUAACAUACAUAAUGAUGAAUUAAUGGGAAUCAGGAGAGAAGAAGAAAUGGAGAUGUCUGAUGAUGAAAUAGAAGAAACAACAGAAACAAAAGAAACUGAGGAAUCAGCCUUAGUAUCACAGGCAGAAGCUCUGAAGGAAGAAAAUGACAGCCUCCGUUGGCAGCUCGAUGCUUAUCGGAAUGAAGUAGAACUGCUUAAGCAAGAACAAGGCAAAGCCCAAAGAGACGAUGACCCAAGCAAGGAACAGCAGUUGAAACUCCUGCAACAAGCCCUGCAAGGAAUGCAACAGCAUCUACUCAAAGUCCAAGAGGAAUACAAAAAGAAAGAAGCUGAACUUGAAAAAAUCAAAGAUGACAAGUUACAGGUGGAAAAAAUGUUGGAAAAUCUUAAAGAAAAGGAAAAUGGUGCUUCUGGACUGUGUGCAUCAAGCCAGGAUAGCGACUGCCCUCUUGAGAAGACCAUGAACAGCAGUCCUAUCAAAUCGGAACGUGAAGCGCUGCUAGUGGGGAUUAUCUCCACAUUCCUUCAUGUUCAUCCAUUUGGAGCAAGCAUUGAAUAUAUCUGUUCCUAUUUACACCGUCUAGAUAAUAAGAUCUGCACGAGUGAUGUGGAAUGUCUCAUGGGCAAACUUCAGCAUACCUUCAAGCAAGAAAUGACUGGAGUUGGAGCCAGUCUGGAAAAGAGAUGGAAAUUCUGUGGCUUUGAGGGCUUGAAACUCACCUGAAUUCAUCUGCCUAACAACCUGGGAUCCUGAAAAUAAAUGUGUUGGACAAGCUUAGAAAGUGAUUUGUAUUUUCAAUAGUUUUCAAGUGGAAAUUGCUUUAAAUUUGUCAAUUCAUUCCUGGAGUCUAUUUUAACUUAAAAUAAGGAUCCUACAGCAGCACCUCAAGCUACAGGCCCUAAAAAGAAAUUGACUCAAACCUCAAGUGCUGUAACUUUCUCCCUUUCUGUCAAUUGUCUAUUUUAUUAGUAGUAUUGAAAAAGGCCUGAGGCUGAAGAGUAUUUGGGGUGUCUUUGAUGUCUGUACUACUGUUGUGGACUUUGGUAUUUUUUAAACACUGUUAACUGAAAUAUUUUGAUGAUUUGUGUGUGAUUUAUGUUUCAAAACUUCUCUGACAUUAAUGUUGCUACUGCUGAGAGGAAUGUGAGGAGCACUAGGUACUCCAUAACUGACUUUGUCUUUCCUAUCCCUAGUAAGUAACACGUCAGUGUCUUCUAGAAGGUGCUUGACCAGGUUCACCUUUUAAAAGACAAAGCAUGAUUUGUGGCUCUUGCAAAAUUACUGUCAAACAAAAGUUGGCAACUGUUCUAAACUUAUUUUCUCUAAUAUAUCAAAUAAAAGAUUUAUUUCAGAAUUUUUUUUAAAAAAUCUAGGUGUAUGUGCAGAAAGCAAGUGGCCAGUAUGACUGGCACGUGUAUGUGCUAUUCAGAAUCACCUUGUAAAUAGUCUGCUUCUAAAGGAGGGCAUGUUUAGUUUUCUAUGAACUAAAACGUGUGUUCGUAUACGCACAUGCACACACACAUUAGCAAAAGGGAUUUAUUUUAAUGUUUUCCCUCUGGCCUUCUUACAAAAUCUGUUGGUCCCUUUUCUUCUAUUGUCAGUGUGUUGAGUUGCAAACUGUACUGCUGUAAAUACUGUGUUUACUUUGUGCUGAAUGUUUUCAAAGAGCUGAUAUGAGUAUUGAUAGAAAACUCUUGGUAAUGAAUUGGGCCAGUGUGUGUGAGGCUUCCUGCAAAUAGGUCAGCUCCACCUGGAGCACCAGGGACACCUCCAGAUUGCAAUAUCAGUGCUUGAUGGAAAAGAAAGGGAAAAACUGAGGAUUUGGGGCUAAUAACCUAAGUCAGAGAUGAUCUUUUCUUUUGUGGUGUUGCUGGUGCCUAUAAUAACACAAGCAUGCCCUCCCUUGAGUCUUGAUUCAAAAUAACUGAAUGUACUAAGUAAGCAAAGCCGAUGAAGAGUAUUUCAGGAAAAUACUUUGUAAAUGAGAUAUCAGUAGUGUUCAAAGUUGUAUUUUUGAAAGAUAAAUAUUCUUUUUUUAUACCUCAAUUUGGUGUUCUGUUUUGA